CAUGCCAGAAGAGUUGGUCGACUAGAGGAGUACAGUUUGUCGCUUCAUAGCAUCCCCUGUUGGUAACAAAGGCAGACGCAGAAGCUACCAGGCUUCGGACGCGGCAGGAAAGAGUAGAACUUGGCAGAUAACACACCAGGGGAAUUGGUCCGCUAAAGGUGUACAGUACAGCUGGCCGCUUUAGAGCAUCCCCUGUUCGCUGUUGGCACCCCAGCUUCAGGCAGACCGACGUUCGACGUUUCUUUUUCCUUUCAUCCGAUCGCCAGAGCCAUGGGAAAGCGGGGAAAGCGCAGUGCGGCCAGGAGACCCGUCUUUCGCCGGCGGUUUUUCGACCCUGACGAAAUUGAGACGGACGAGAUCUCGCUGACAAAAGAAGAGAUGGCCAUAGCGAGGACGAUCUACGAAACCAACAGCGGGGCGGCUCCGGCCACCAGACGUAAUGUAGUCGACGAGACGAACACCAGCCUCCUGUCCCAACAGGGCACCCACACGUACGUCCCCUUCCACUACGUCACCCUUCUCCUGUCUGUCUUCUUCCUCAUCCUCCUGGUCUUCUGCCGCGAGCGUCCAACACGGCCCAAACCAGCGGUGAACAAGAGCAACCCGGCAUCGUCCCGGAGACCCCCGGCUUUCAAAAGAUCUAUUACAGUGAUGGGCACUCCCAUGGAUAGAGAUCUGCACUUUAUGGAAAGGAGGGGCUCCAAUCCUAAGACCCGGAAGCUAUCUUUGAGAAGGAAGUCCGCGUUGUAACCGCAAAUACGUGGCAAACAUCUGAAGGGCUUAUUGACGUUCGUUGUAUUUAUAUUGAUUGUUUAAUGUACUUUACUAUUAGUUCUAUAUAUUAAUUGUUCUAUUGUAUUGUUUUGAAUUUCUUUAAUAUUACUAUUACGCAAUGUAUCAAUAUUCUACCAAAGUACGUUUGCAACUUUGUUAUUAUUUAUUAUUUGGUUUUUAUUAUUUUGUUACUUCAGUGUGUUUUGUUUAUGUAUGCCUGCGCAAGGCAAAUUGAAAACCG